ACCUUACGAUUUGCGCGUACUCAUCUGUCAAUUCUGUCAGCGUCGAUAAUGGCCGCGGCAGACGGCAGUAGAAAAGAUGGAUAUUGUUGUUCCUGAAAAGGUACUUUAAGAUGCCGAUAAAAACCCAAUUUUCCUCACAUUUCUCGAGAGUACUUUCAGUUAAGCGUAGCUAAAAAUAAACCAGAAGCAAAUGGUCGCUAUUUAAUCUUAACCAACAGCUAGUGGAUUACCAGUCUUGAAUUUUAGGUGAAAAGGCGCCUCUACGAAGUCAAUGCCAAACACAGGAAUUUGAUAUCGAAGAUUUGCACAUCAAACAUAGUAAAUUUUCUUCAGAUGCCGCGGCUAGACGCCAGAAGACACUAAAUUUACCAAGUGGAGUAGAGUAAUUGUAUAUAGAUAUAUCCAGAAAGUGCAUCUCAGAUGCUUUAGUGUAUGUACAUAAGGAACAAAUCGUGUUAAGGAUGAACAUAGAAACUUGAAGACGGGAUAGUCACUAUUUCCAAUCGGAAGUAAAAUAUUCCCAGUUUGUGAUUUUGUUAUUGUACAGUUUAUGAGACAUUUGACCAUAAUACGAAGACUUUUGGAUUAACCGCUGUGUCUCGGAGAAUUAAGCAUCGAGCAUGGCGUCCGCCAAAUUCCUGGAGGAAGCCCUCAGCACAGACGUGGACGAAUCUGCAGUGAACGCGAUCGUAGGUUCGCUCGAAACGCAGCUGGUGACCGCAGCGCCACCUGUCGCGUCUUCGCCUGCGUCGACUCAGCAGCCUGUCAGUCAGCAGAACCACACGACCGUGUCGAAUGGCGCGACAGGGAACAUGGUCGCCGUCGGCCAAUCCGUGGUCGCCGUGUCGCAGGCCCAACAGCAGAAGCAUCAUAUGGCUAACGGGGAGGCUGUUAUCAGCGGAACGCAGGUUGAACAAGUAAACCAACAACAGCAGCAGCAGCAACAAACUGUAAAGUCCGGCACGGAACCCGUGAAGAUCGUCCAGUUGAACCAAGCGAUGUCCGGUGCUGCCGCCGGGGCCAUCUUGCAAAAUCGUGUUACCCUGCCGAACGGUACAAUCAGCUUGCCGCAGCAGAAGGUGGUGCUGAAGACCAGCGGGGGCCCCGGAGCGCCGAACAUUGUCACGCUGCCCAUGCAACAGGCUAACAACGUGGACACCUCGGUAGUCACGUCCCAACCUCAACAGAAUCAGAUCAUUUCCGGGCUGCAGGUGGUCAACGUUCGACCCAGUGCUAUGCAGCAACAGAAGGGCCAACCAGCCCGAGUCGUUCUGAGCGCGCCCCAACUUGUAGGCGCCAGGCCCGGUACUCCCCAACUAACUUUGCAGUCCUUCCACGGUUUGCAACCCGGCCAACAGGGGGCGUUGCUGUUGAAGACGGAGAAUGGCCAAUACCAGCUGUUGCGCGUCGGUCCACCGCCUACGGCGGUGUCGCAGGCCACCGGGCAGCCCGUUGCCUAUAGGAUGCAAACGGUGCCUGCGACGGCUGUCAGCGCUCCAACCCCGAUCCAAACGUCUACCAUCUCAUCGACAACCCCCGCCGUGGUGCACCAGCAAGACCAGGCGGCAGUACAACAGCAGCAACAACAGACGGUAACGACUGCUCCUCAACAGCAGACAGUCCAAGUGCAACAAACGCGACCAGCGAACGACAACACCAAAGAAAAGUGCCGGAAGUUCCUCGCCAAUUUGCUGGAAUUGUCCAGCAGGGAGCCGAAAGCUGUGGAAAAGAACGUGCGGACGUUGAUACAAGAAUUGAUAGACAAUAAGGUGGAACCGGAAGAUUUCUGCGACAAACUGGAGCGACUCCUGAACGCGUCCCCGCAACCGUGUCUGAUUGGCUUCCUGAAGAAGAGUCUGCCAUUACUGAGACACUCUUUGGCUACCCAGGAGAUGACCAUAGACGGGAUCCGACCACCUGCGGCUGACGUCGUGUUUUCAGUCGCUGGGGCUGCGCCUACUGUACAGACGAUAAUUCGUCCAGGAAUAGCUACUCAAGUUAGGAUGGCGGUACGUCCUGGUCUGGCUAACCAGGUGAGGAUAGUGGGGGCCCCCGGAGCGACGACCGCAGUGAAUCGGCCAGGUCAGCAGGUGAUCCAGCAACGGAUGGUGGCCCCCGUUCGGACCGCAGCGCCGGCCGGGGUCGCAACGACUGUUCCUAUCUCCCAAAUGCAGGUGGUCCGACCUCAGCAGCAGCAACAGCAACAAACCAUUCAACCGCCCGCUUUGCACCCCGUUUUUGCGAACAGCGGCGGGCAGCCCGUCGUACGGGCAGCUGCCGGGGGCAUCAUUCGACAGCCCGUUCAAGUCCGGACUGUAGGUCCAGGCGCAGUUAUCGCACCACGACCGCAUCAGCUGCAAAUCCGGCAGGUGGCGCCUGCGAUAUCCCCGGCCACUCACAAAGCGGCCGCCCCUCCCAGUCGCCCGAUGCCUGCGCCGAAGGGGGCGGGCCAACCGACAGGCAAACAGCAGCUCAAGGACAAGGAAAAGAAGACGUUUCAAUCGGCGGCAGCCGCUGCGGCAGCUGCAGCUUCUGCGUCAGCUGCGUACGGCGGAGAUGACGAUAUCAACGACGUCGCUGCCAUGGGUGGUGUCAAUUUAGCAGAAGAAACGCAGAAAAUUCUGGGAUCUACCGAAUUCGUAGGCACUCAAAUACGCUCCUGUAAAGAAGAACCUAUUUGCCUGAUGCAACCCUUGCAACAGAAAAUUCGUUCGGCUGUUCAAAAAUACGGUUUGGACGAUCCGACGACGAUAGACGUGGCGGCAUGCGUGUCGCACGCGGCUCAAGAGCGACUGAAAAACCUGCUGGAAAAACUGGCGAUCAUCACCGAGCACAGAUUGGAAAACGUGCGUACCGAUAAUCGGUACGAAGUCACCAAUGAUGUUAAAGGUCAAUUGAAAUUUCUGGAGGACUUGGACAAGGCGGAGCGCAAAAGGCACGAAGAGACGGAACGAGAGUUACUUUUGCGUGCUGCGAAAAGCCGUUCGAAAUCGGAGGAUCCCGAACAGGCGAAGUUGAAGGCAAAAGCGAAAGAAAUGCAACGGGUGGAAAUGGAAGAGCUGAGACAGAGAGAAGCCAACGCGACAGCGUUACAGGCGAUCGGCCCCAGAAAAAGACCGAAACUGGACGGAGACCAUUCGUCCGGUCCCCAGACGAGCACCGGCCCGAACAGCACCCUCAGGGCUCAAAUGCCCCUCAGACAACGGAUGAAAAAAGUGACACUUAGAGACUUACAGUUUUUGUUCGAAACGGAAAAGGACCUGUGCAAAAGUAAACUGUUGUAUAGAUCGUACCUUAAGUGAUGCACGAGUGAGGACUCGCAGCAGUUCGUUAUUGUGUAUAUAAUGUGGUAAGAUUAAAUGACUUAGAUUACGUAUGAAAUAAGAGCGGAGACAGAUGUUUCUAUCGCCCUUAUAUACCAGCAUCCUUGUCGAGUGAAAAAUUGCAACGUUGUCGCAAAUAGACUGCCUUCUGUAGGCGAAAGUACAUGUGAAAAUUGCCCCCAAAGGUUUCCAGAUACUUGUGUUUUUUCAAAUUAAUUUUCCGCUGUCGUAGUUUUGCUCCAAGAAUUUUGAAAAAAUUCCCGGUGCCUCAUUGUUCUGUACUAUACAGGGUGUCCCAGAAGUCGAUGUCAAGCCGAAACCGGGUGAUAGGCAAAGUCAUAACAGCUAUCAAAAAAAUAUUUAAAAAAAUUGUAUGUAUGUGUUUUGAAAAUUAUAGGUCUUUGAAAAAGAUAUAGAAAUUUCACACCCUACAGCAGUCUGUCAACUCCUGUUACUACAAAUAUUAACUUUUUUUGGAUUUUAUUUUUACAACGUAAUG